AUGUCUUCCCCAGGACCUCUUUUCAUUGUCGGUACCGGCCCCAUGAUCGGAUCUCACAUCCCCCGCCUUUUCGCGACCCACACUUUCACACACAUUGCACUCUUUGCACGUUCUGAAUCCACUCUCUCUGCAUCCCGCGACUUCAUUUCCGCCGCAGCUCCAUCAGCUAAAAUCCACACCUACACAGCUGAUGUGAUCGAUACCCCCGGUCUGACAUCCGCUCUUCAGACCGCCGUUAAAGAAGUCGGGUCCCCAGAAGUAGUAGUCUACAAUGCGGCCCGUGUCAGCUACGGAAAUUUCGGCGAGUACAGCGAGGCAGACAUUGUCGAAGAUUUCAAAAUUCCAAACUUGGGAUUGUACACAACUGCAAAAGUGUUGCUUCCAGGUUUACAAGCAUUAGCAAAGGAGAAGCCGGAGUCUCAUCCUUCGCUUUUUGUCACCAGUUCGCCUAUUAUUUAUCAACCUUUUGCACCUGUGUUUUCACUCAGUAUGGCAAAGGCUGCACAAGCAAACUUGGUUAAGUUGUUGAUUGAGCAGACGAAGGAUGAGGUGCACGUUGCUCUCGUGACGAUUGGGGGUCCAGUCAGCGAACAGGAGCCCGUUAACAACCCAAAACAUAUCGCUACUAAGUUUUGGGAGUUAUGGGAGCAGAAGAAGGGAAGCAGAGAUGUUGAGUUGUUGGUACAGUGA